AUGAGGCGAACGCUGCUCCGAGGCCCGCCCACAGGCCGCAGGGCCUACCCCCCAAAGGGCGGCAGGCGGGCCGCAGGCCUGCGCCAUGCUCGCCGCCUGGUGGUGACCAUCCAGGCAGCUCUUAGGCGUGCUUACGAAGUGUGUCCGCCUGGCGUCACCACCAGUGGACGCCAUUUGGGCGACAGCGAUGGCGCGAACUUGAUGUUUCAUUGA